GAACAAAACUUGAGAAGUGCGAAAUUGAAAAUGGCGGCUUUGUGUUUGUUGAGUGUAAUUUCUCGAAUACAAUGCUAAAAGAUAAAAUAAACUCUUAUUUCAUAACAUUAUGUGACUGAAAAAUACGUUAAAUCAAUAUUGUUAAUGCAAUGAUACUCUUCAUUCUCUGAAAAUCGUACUAUUAGCGUAUUAUCGUCAUAAAAUAUACAUCUAUUUAAUUUAUAUUUGGAAGGAUAUUUUGUAAUAAAAUGUAGUGAACGAACGAAAAUGGAAACAAAGUUGUGUAGAAUUUGUGGAAAGUUAGGUCAAAACUUUGUUCAUAUUUUUAAAACAGAAGGACUCCGGAGCAAGAUUGAGACAUGUUUGCCAAUAAUUGUAUCUCCGUAUUGUCUCCUACCAGAUGCUAUUUGUGGGGAAUGCACUGCAACUGUGGACAGCUUCUAUACAUUCAUAAAAAACUGCUUGCAAAACAUCAUCAUACUUGAGGCACAGUAUGAUAUCCAGGAAUCAUGUUUGAAGUCUAAACAGAAGAGAGACAAGGGUUCCAUGGUCGAUUUGAGUCACAGAAAGGCAAACAAAGGUGUCCAGACUGAUGAUUAUUUGGACGUGUUGUCUGGAAGAAGCACCGAUUUGAAAGAGUUUUGCCUAAAUUUUCCUCAAACAUUGACAUUUUUGAACAGCGAAGCCACAUUCCCAAAAAAAUAUUCAGCUUUAGUUGAAUAUGACAUUGAUACAGACUCGAGUUUGGAUGAGAAUAUCUGUAAUGGAAAAGUUGAAUUGAGCAAUGAGUUACAAUCCUUCAAUAAAAUUACGAAAUUUGUCGAUUCUAUUACUAGUAAGGACCUAUUGCCAACAAAAAUACAUUGUUGCAAUGAUUUAGAAAAGGAUUUGAUAAGCGAAAUUUCUGAAAGGAGAAAUUUGAAAAGGAAAAAUGAUGUUAUAGAGGUUUAUAAGCCGAGAAUUUUCAAACCUGAAAUAACGAACAAACGAAAGAACAAAAUACCAAAGAAAAUAGAUACUCAAGAAAUUAGUGAAGAAACAGUAAGUUUCCAAAAACCAGAUGAAGCUGAAAUACUGCAAAGGAAUGAAAUUUGUGAUACCCAAAUCCAAACUGCUACACCAUUUCAGCAUGAAAUAUUGCCAGCUUCAAUGCUGCCUCAAACUUGUCUGCUUUGUGAUACACAGUUCGCUAGUCCAGCUGCAGUGGCAUCACAUGUUUUUGAGGCUCAUGGUAUCGAUAUGGUCUCUGAGAUAGUUUCAUUGGGCUCAGGUGAUUCUUUACCAGAAAAAAGUAAGAAGAAGAUUCCAAACCUCGUCAAGAUUUCAGAUUUGAAGAGAAAUGAUUCAAAUGAUGAGACUCUAGAAAGAAUGAAUGAAGAUCCUCCAACCCUUCAACCAAGCUUCGUCUGUCCGAACUGCCCUGGCAUUUUCACCAGGAAACAGGAUCUGAUGACACAUCUUCGUUUAAAACAUCCCGAGCUUGCUGCUUAUCUUUGUGGCAUCUGUUUGCAACAGUGCACUUCAUACAUCAACCUAACAAGCCAUCUCCAGGUUUGUUCACAGCAACACCAAAUCAAAACCAGAUACAUCUGUCAGGUUUGUCAAUACGGCGACGACAAUUUGAAGUGGCUGGAAAACCACAUUUUGGUCCAUGAUUUCUUGUUCGACACCUGUCGAAAGCAGCUGAAGAUUUUCGAUCCGGAAGAUUACAUUGAAGUCAACGAUAAUUCAGAAAACAGAAGUUCGACACCGGCUACCAAAGGUCUGAAUUGCGCCGAGUGUGGUUUGAGUGAAUUUCAGUCAUUCAAAGAGUUCAGCUCCCAUAGGAGGAAUCAACAUUCGAUUUUCCACUGUGAUUUAUGUAACAAAUUUUACGGUCGCAACUCGCACCUUUGGAAACACGUUAACAGACUCCACAAAAAUCACCCAAGCAUUACUUGUCAAUUGUGUUACAAAACCUCUGCUUCAAAGUAUCAUCUCUUGCAGCAUUUCAAUAAAACCCACAUGAAUAAAGGCCCUAGGAGUGAUAAAGAAGACUUCAUGUCACAGAAGUUUUCCGCUUUCGAUUUUCAGUCUGUAAAACAAAGUUUCAUGAAACAAGAUCUCAUAGAAACCGAGGAACGAAAAGAUGAACUGAGUGAACAAGACGGUGAUUCAAAUGAUCUUCAACAGUGGGAUCAAGAAGAAGAGGAACUGGUUAUGAUGGAAGAGCCAGCUUCAGCUCCGAAAGAAAUCGAUUCGUCCCACAACCUUUACACAAACAUCAUCACAAACUAUACACCGCCUCUGAAUGAAGGUGAUUACAAAUGUCCGAAGUGCUCUAAAGCUUUCCAGAAGAAGUUGCUACUCAAGAAACACAAGAAAAAUUGCAGACCCAGGAAUCAAAAAGAUCUUCUUACUCGAUGCAAGACUUGCUCCAGAACAUUCAAGGAUAGGCAGAGUCUCACCAAACAUUUGGUCAACUAUCAUUCCGAGUACAUUUGUGAGAUCUGCAAUGGAAAAAUGCAGAGCAAGUGUGAGAUCGUGUCUCACAUAAGAUUCCGACACCCCUGUUGCCAUUUGUUCUGCAAGAUAUGUAGGAACGUCCUGAGAAGCAAGGCUGAUAUGCAGGAACAUCUGCACAACCACGUGGAGUCUUACAUCUGUCAGUUUUGUGGCGAUCCGCUACCCAGCAAAAUUAAACUCAAAAUGCACAUACUCAGUCUUCACCGCAAGAUGUUGAGCUUGUCGUGUGGCAUUUGCCUGAAACUAUUUGAAACCCAGCACAUUCUCAGAGACCAUGUUAGAUUGGUGCACAAAAAUCAGUUAGCUCCGCUCACUUCUUGUCCCGUCUGUGGAAAAAACUAUGGAUCGAAGUGGAAGACCUUCGACCACCUCAACAAGUCGCACGGCAGAAUUUUCAAAGCGUGCAAGACUUGCCUAGGAGUAUUUGAAACGGAUGCUCAGCUACAAGCGCACUGCGACCUUACCUCGCACGGAGGCCCUGGGGUCACCACUCCUGCUAACGCGAGUAAAACCAGUAUUACGUCACAAAUGUCUUCUGCAACAAGCGAUAUGGCAGCUAAGAACGAUGAAAGCGACAGCGAGGAAGACGAGCAAACCGACAGCGAGUGUGACAUGGAACAGGAUCUCGAACAGAAGUUCUUGCCACAGGAUACUAAAAUGAUGCUACUGGAGAAACGAAUAUCGGGAGAGAAAGUGAAUGAAGACGAAGCACAAAAACUUCAGACGACUGAUAAGAAAGUCCCCCUCCUUGUCGGAAAGAAGUUACCAUUGAAGAGAGAGGACGACCCAGACCGAAGCAACUCUAGCAAACGUACCGUUUAUGUGAAUAGCAACGACCCGUCGUACUGUGAAAUUUGUCUGAAGACGUGGCCUGCGAAGAAACACCUGUGGCAGCACUAUAUUCGCUGUCACAAAUCCGUGGCGGCUACAGUUUGCGGGAUCUGUCUCCAAACCAACGACACCUACGAGAGCUUACAGAAGCAUCUGCGAGAAACCCAUCCUACUCUGCUACACGGCCAAGGUUACGGAUCGAAUUUCAUUUGCAGGAUCUGCGGGAGAUACCAUAACGCGAGUUCAAAGUUGAGACUGCACAUGGUCAUCCACGAAAACUUCGAUUGGAGAACAUUGGACGAUCCGAACAAGCCGACGAGGAUGGAUAGCGACGAAAACCCCACGUCUAAUGGAUUCAAGGACGCCAAAGAGGAGCCGCACGGCGACAUUAACUAUGACAGCUUGAUUGAGCAAGUGGAAUGUUCCUCGCAGUCCGAAAACGAGGAUUUCGAUCGCGAAAUGCCGCAGGGCGAAGCGAGGCAGGCAGAUUCUUCCUCUGAAGAGGAGGAUAGUGAUGGGUCGGCUAUUUCGGAAGUGCAGGUCGCUAUCGAAGAAAAGCCGGCUCUGACCAACCCGUUGGAGUAUACCAUUUCUAGCGACGAUUCCAGCUCGAGCUUUAGCAGCAAAACCCACUCGUCCGACGAAGAGCGGUCUUUUUCCUCUCAGAGCAAGUCCAACUCCAACACCGCGGACUCGUUGUCGAACAGCAACGUUUUUUGUCGGAAGCCAGAAGAGUUGGACUCGGCCGUGCAGUCCAUCAGCUAUGAGUGUAUGGAGCCAGAGGAUCUCAAUGUCGAGGAUAAUUAUUGUGAUAUGCAGAAUCCUUGUCUUAACGAUAACGAGAUUGAGUCGGCUGUCGGUAGUAUUCUUUAGAUUUCUGUGUUUGUCUUAUAAGAGUUUGUGUUUUUAAUGUUUGAAAGAUUCCAUGCCAUUAUUUAGGUUUGAUUGAGGGGCCUGACACGUUUUAAAAAGUAGUCCCAGGAUUUGCAUUGCAUGAUAAUGAAAACCAUGAGUAUUUUAUCGUAUAUUUUCUGGAAGAAGCAUUAUUUUGUAUCUUAAUUUUUGUGUUCCAAAAAAUAUAUUAGAAGAUUGACUAAUUCAAGCACUACUCAUCAGGAGAUAUUGUGUUGAUUAUUAAAUGUUUUGAUAGAUUGAUCAAAAUAAUGCCAUGUAUUCCAAAAGGUGUCCCAACAAGAGUUAGCUGAUUUGAAAUUAGAGCCACUUCAUCAUGCGGUAGUUUUUGACUGCUGUCAAGUGAAUACACCAAAUAGAACAAAUGACACUCCACCAAAGAAAGAUGAUGGUGGGAUGAAUAUCAAUUCAAUUUGCAUUUUGUAUAUUUUUAUAGAAAUGUGAGUGUGAGCGAGAGAAAAUCAUAAGAUGAGGAUUUGCCUACUAAAUUAUAAUUUUAUAAAAAUUUCGAGAUAUAGUCCUGGACAAUGGUCUAUCCGGGAGCAUAUUGCAUCCACAUUUCAUAACACCCACAUUGUGUUGUUCCCAAAUUUCGAAAUUCACAGUCUCCAAACGUACCCGAAGAAUGCACUGGUGCCAAAUACUAUGCAAUAUACGUAAUCUUCCGAAAAUUAUACUUUCUAGGAAGAAUGCUCAGUCAAGCCGAGUUAUGUUAUAUUGUUUAUAAAAAGUUCCAUUUUCUUAUGCAGAAAGGAUUAAUUGUCCUUACAUUACGUCUUUGGAAUUCAUAGAGCCAUAGAGGAAUUUUCGACACAUUGUGUUACACCUACAUUUGGUAACAGUGCAUUCUUCGGGUAUGUUCGUGGUUCACUGAAUUUCGAGAUCGUAAAUUUUACCAGUAAUCAUUUUUCGAAUUCUAGUUUUUCUGACUGAAGCUGUGUAAUUAUUGUUCAUGAAGUUAACCAAAUAGAUGAGGUAACCGUUUAAUGUAGGAAUACAUCAUAUACACAAUGACGAAUUUUCAGUGUUGAAUAAGAAAAUUAAAACAACAGUUAUCAUUG